AUGUCGUCUGUGCACUAUAAAUUCAAAAGCUGUUUACAGUACGAUACGGUAACCUUUGACGGUCUUCAUAUUUCUCUCAUUGACUUAAAAAAGGCCAUCAUUCAACAGAAAAAGUUGGGCAAGUCGACGGAGUUUGACCUGCAAAUAACCAAUGCUCAAAGCAAGCAACGGUAUAUCUAUGAGGAGGAUCUGAUCCCAAAGAAUGCAUCUGUUAUUGUAACGAGAGUUCCCAUAACUGAACCACAGAGACCACAACCCAGAUCGUGGCCUCAUUAUCGGAAUGAUGAGUACAGAAAAAGUCCGGAUACACAGGACUUUGCUCAUGAUAGACUCAGCCAGACUCCUGAUUUAGCUAAUGCAGAUGCAUCUGAGGACGACAAAAUAAAAGCUAUGAUGGUACAAUCAAAGUUCUUUGAUCCAUCAAACAGUUUUGGCAAAGGCAAAACACAGACUGGAACCCCACCUGUUGGAUAUGUUUGUUAUAAAUGUGGUAAACCAGGGCAUUAUAUAUAUUCCUGUUCUUUAAAAGGCGAUGCCAAUAUGGUUGAUAUGAAGAUCAAGAGAAGUACUGGAAUUCCUCAAAGUUUCCUUACCUUAGUUGAUAGUCCUGACCACCCGGGUGCACUUUUGACGCAAUCUGGUCACUUUGCUGUACCUACAAUUGAUGCUAUUGCAUACAAACAAGGCAAGAAGGAAAGGCCUCCAUUUCUCCCUGAUCCAAAUCCUGUGAAUACAGUUUCAGCUCCUCCUGCACCAAAUGAGCUGCUCUGUUCUUUGUGUGGUGAACUGCUAACAGAUGCUGUUGUUAUACCUUGCUGUGGAAACAGUUUCUGUGAUGAGUGUGUAAGAAAUGCUCUCUUAGAUUCUGAGGAACAUGAAUGUCCAUCAUGUCAUGAGUUAGAUGUGUCACCAGACAAAUUAAUAAGUAAUAAUUUGUUAAGGCAAGCUGUGAUCAACUACCUAAAUCAAACUGGGUACACUAAAAUGAAGGGUGAAAUAGCCCAAAUGCAACAGCAGCAGCAGAGGAUGCAACAGAAUCAAUUGCAGAUGCAACAGAAACCACCAAAUGCUCCACAAGUCCCUAUGCAACCAGCACAGCCACAACAACAGCAACAACCAGCAGCACCACCGCAGCAGCAGCAGCAACCAUCUCAGCCACCGUCACAACCAGCACCACCUCCACAGCAGCAGGCAACAUCAAAUGUUGUAAACAAUGUUGCUGUAGUAUCACCCACAAAUCCUGCUAUACCAGUUGUUAAUCAAAUUCCUGUAGCUGGAGGACCUUCAGACAACAGAUUGUCCCCAGGAGAGAGACCACCCACACCAUUGUCGGAUGAAAAAGCUCCAAUACAUCGGACAGAUGAGCCUCAGAAGGGUAUGGCCGUGCCGGUAUUGGGUUCUCGUAAUCGCAAUAUCAGACCUCUUCAUCCAGUACGUGAGAUACCCAGACCAGUUGGUCCUCCAAGAAACAGAAUUGGUGAACGUCUUCCCCCUGGGCGCAAUGCACCAUCUCAUCCUCAUCAUCCUAUUGCUCCAGCAAUGCAGCGCUUAUCACAGUCUAUGCCUACUUCACAAGCACAGCCACCAGGUUCCUAUAUGCAAGCAAGAACUUCUAUGCCACCUGGGACCAUGCAACCUGGAUAUAGGAUACCGACACCUGGUGUCCCAACUGGACCAGUGAUGCCUCCUCCAUCUGGUUUUUGCCCUCCACCUAUGGCUCCAUACAAUACAGGACCCCGUCCAUAUCCAAUAAGAACAAUUCCUACAGGACCUCGGCCACUGACACCAGAAGAAUUUUAUCGAGAAAAGAGACGACUUAUAGAAGAAGACAAGAAGAAAUCUGAUCCGUUUGAUGACUUUGCUCGUGAACUAAUGGAGUUCCGUCGAGAUCAGAAGCGGAGACAAGUGGAACAAAGUUACAGCUUGUCCCCCUCAAGAUCAAGAAGUCGAUCAAAUUCUCGUUCCCCACGCAAAUAUUCACGGUCUCGGUCUCGCUCUUUGAGUAGAAGUCGCUCCCGAUCCAGGACACCACCUUACCACCGCUCUCGAUCCCCCAUGCGUCGAAGGAGUCGAACUCCUCCUUCUCGAAGCCGGGGCCGUACUCGUUCUCCUCUUGCCCCAAUCUCCUCUAGAGAUCCGUAUUAUCGAAGAGAUUGGUCUCCAAAUUAUAACCGUGGUAUGCGAUCAAACCCAGUAAAACGUUAUUCACCACCAGAAAGACCUUUCACGAGAUAUUCUCACUUCUCACCCCAAAGACCUGAAGAGUUCUGUAGGUUUGAUCCUCAUGCAUAUGAAGAUUAUUAUCGAGAAUACUUUUCACGGUAUAAUAACCCUCAUGGCAGUGUUGGUACUUACCCUGCUCCUGCAACAGUUCCAGUUGCCACUACAACUACUGCCCCACAGUAUGAUAGAUCUUAUUAUGACCCCAGGGGACGACCAAUGCCGCCAUCUAAUGCCUCUGUGAAUGUGACUGCUGCCAACUCACCCUCCAAUAGAAGUCGCAAGGGUCCAAUGGCAAGAAGUCCCCUACGCCGAGAUAGACCAAGAGAAAAGCCAGAUAUUAAGACAGCUAAACUAACUGAGCCGUUACCAUCUAAACUCAAGGAGAAAAAGAUAAAAGUAAAAUCCGAAGAUGAUCUUCGGAAAAAAAUGGAACGUAAACGGGAUGAAAAAAUUGAAAGAACAAAUAAAGAGAAAGCAAAGGAUCCCCCUCGAGAGGGGGGCAUACAGGCGAAAAAAGCUGCCAAGUCAAGUGAGAAGCCUCCUAAAGAGUCUAAGAAAAAAUCUGAUGUUAAAAAACACAAGCCAGUUGAAAAACCUACACGAAAUGUGGUAACAGAUCCAGUGUCAAAAGAGGAUAACAACCAUAAAGAGCCGAGUCAGAAUAAAGAAUCAGUCUCUGAGAAUGUAUCUAAUGUACUGAAACGACCUGUAGAAACGAGUAGCAGUAAUGUAGAUGUAUUGAGCAAUAAAGUGAUUCGGCCUGUUCAUGUCUCUGAUCCCAAAAUCCUUGGCCAUGCUGCUGACAUGAAAACUGCUCCAAGAACUGCAUCUGCUAAAAUAAAACGUAAAACCCGUCACCAGUCAGGAGAUUCUUCUCAGAAAGUUAGCCUUCCAUUAUUAGAUGAUUCAGACAAGUGUGGCCCUGCUAAGAAAAGUCGUCGUGAACCUGUACAUGAGAAAACUGAUGCAGACACUGAAAAUGACCAGCAUAAAAUUCCUGAAAAGGUCCCACGUGGGGAGAAUGAUAUGCUGCUUCCUGCGCCCGAAUUGUCCAAAUGGGAGAGAGAUGAUUAUGAAAUCAAUGUUGAACCAAUGAAACCUAAAAAGAAACCUGCUGAACGAAAGCCUCUUCCAAGAUCUGUAAUAGAAAGUGCUGAGAAGGCUAUUACAGAGAAACGUCGCAAGCCAUCCAUGAUGUCCACUUCAAUACCCACUUCACCUAAGUCAAGUCUCUCGUCCCGCAAAGUUUAUGUCGAUGAGAAAGACAACCGGAAACUCAGCUCUGUACAAAUUACAAUUCCUGGUGGUGAACGCAAUGGGGGCGGCAGUGGUGAAAAACAGUCACGACAUGAGACAAGUGAAAAGCGAGGAGGACAUAGAGAUUCUUCACGUGAACAUUCAAACAGAGAACCAAGUGCUAAAGAAAGCAGCAGUAGCCAUAAAGUGCAGGAGGCAUCCAAAUCAAAACAACUAUCGGAUGUGAAUACAAAAGAGAGCAGAGGCAGUGACCGCUUUGAGCGUAAAGAAUCAAUGGUGGAUGAGGCCAAGUUUGUUCCUGACUAUGAGGAGUCUGAAUCUGGUAGUGAGGCUAACACAUCAGAUGUGGAACCCGCUGAACAAACACGACUGUCGCCACGUAGGUCAGGCGCCACAGACCUGUCAUCUGAGGAAGAGACAGCCAAAAAACAUAGCAAGAAAUCCAAAGACUCCAGCAAGAAAAAGAAACACAAAAAACACAAGAAACAUAAGGCAAAAAAGAGCAAAAAGAAAAAGUCACACAAACACCGUGGAAGCAAGGAGAAGAACGUUGUGCGUGAUAACAGCGUCCCAGAACAAGGACAAGUAAGGGAUGGGCAUGAGAAGGACUUGAGGGAGUUAGUUGACUCUAGAGAGUACCAUGAACAUCGUGAUAGUAAGGUUCGAUCCAGAAUUGCUCGUUAUUAA